GUCGCCUCGAGGCCUCCCCUCAUUUAAAGCACUCCUUUAAAAUCGCUAUCUCUUGCCUGAUACCCUCGUCAUCAUUUCGCUUUCGCCGACCGCUAGCCCCACCCGCAAAUGUCUGACGAGCCGCCGCCGUUGGUAGACCCCUACGCCGCGCGACACCCAAACUACAAUGCAGGUUGGCCAGUUCACGGCACGCCGAUGUUCGGCGCGGGCCAGUUCCCUGCGCCAGCGCAUCCAGAGUGGGGCGGGUUCGGCACUCCUUGGGCAGCACCGAGCGCCGGGGUGCUCACGCCCAUGUUUCCAAUGACACAGCAGAUGCCGCCUACAGGCUGGACCGGGGCGUCUCCCGCCGUCACCCAGGUGCCGAUCCCGACCGGGACAGUCGCUCAGGGCAACGACGACUGGGUACAUGUCCAGCCGGCUGCAGGAAACUGGGAGGACCCCAAGGACAGCUUCCCCAGCAGAGUCGCAGCAAUGAUGUCGUCACCCUCGCGGAGCCUAUCGAGACGAUCAUCCUCGCGGCCUAGGUCCCCAUUCUCGACGGACUCGAGCAGCCCGUCAUCUCGAAGCAGCGAUCUGACCCGCUCGCGUUCGUGGACGAGCUCCGUGAGCGAGAACGACAAGCGGCCGCCACGAGAAUGGCGCUCUGACUUCUCGAUGUCACGCUCACCGCGCAUCGGCGCCGCAAUAGGAUCUCUCCUCCACCUAUCACCUAGACCAAGGUCCGCGACACGGCGAGGUUCACUAAGUUCAUCAAAGGUCGCCCUAAAUCCCUACAUCCGCUACUCAUCCUCACGCACAACCAUGUUCCUCGACCUGCGAGAGUCACCUGAGCGCGUGCGGUUCCUCGAGCUACCGCGCGAAGUAUGCGAAUGGGACCUGAUGCGCUACGCGUGCGAACCGCCACUGCCCGUCAUGGUAUUCUACAGCCCAUACUUCCCGUGGUACGUCGAGGCGCGAACGCAGAAUCCUGUCGGAGUGACGCUGUACGAGAUGUUCAUGGCCAUCUGGCAGGCCAUGAUGACGCCGAUCUCGCACGAAGACUACUACAACAACGAGAUGGACCAGGAGGCACGUGAGGAUAUUGCGAUUGCGUGGGCGCGCCGGUGUGGAAAUAACCAGGAGGAGCGGAAUAAGGGUAUACGAAGGGUGGACUUUUUAAUGGAGAGGGUUGGUCUCGAGGGCGUGACGAAGGGCAAGGAUGGGUAUUUUGAGUUGAAAGUCAAGAAGGUAUGAUGAUUCGCACUGUUCGGUCUGCGGUGCUCGCGGGGGGUGAUCAUAUAUUAUACCACAGGAAUCUCGGAGUCAUUGUAUUUUUUGUGCUGUACAUGUUCGUGCUUUUACACCUGUUGUAUCACAAGUCAUUGCUGUCGUUGUCAUAG